AUGGCGGAACGAACAGAGCAUGACUAUAAUUACGACUCCAGCGAGGAAACGGGCUCCCAUAAUGAGACUCACUCGAUAAGCAACGAACACCACGAGAUCAACGAUAAUGCCGAGCCAAUUGCAGCACUGGAGAAACAAAGCACCGCAGCAUCAGGCCGCUCAGUUUUCGAGGAGCGCGCACAAUCAGUAGUAUCGCGCAUUCGAAGUCGAGACCCAGCUCAGAUCGCCAAGUUCACACACCCUCUUUCGAACACUAAGACCAGCACAGAGUAUAUUGUCGACUUUGAUGGCCCCGAUGAUCCUUAUAGACCGAUGAAUUGGUCAUUCACCAAGAAAGCCGUUGCGACUAUUCUAUACGGAAUGACAACUAUGGGCACGACGUGGGCGAGUUCCAUUUUCUCUACGGGUACAGACCAAGUUGCGGAUGAAUUUGGUGUAUCGACCGAGGUAGCGACGCUGGGAACUUCUUUGUUACUUUUCGGGUUGGGUCUGGGCCCGCUGAUCUGGGCUCCGUUGUCGGAGGUUUAUGGGCGUAAGCCUGCCGUGCUAGCGCCGUACUUUAUCGCGGCCGUUAUGUCAUUCGGAACAGGUGCUGCGAAGGAUUUACAAACUAUUAUGUUGACUCGAUUCUUUACGGGCUUCUUUGGUGCAGCGCCUGUUACUAAUACUGGUGGUGUGUUGAGUGAUGUUUGGUCGGCUGAGCAGCGUGGAGCUGCGAUUGUUGGUUAUGCGAUGGCUGUCGUUGGUGGACCUGUUUUGGGACCUAUUGUUGGUGGUGCUAUUUGCCAAAGCUACUUAGGUUGGCGAUGGACACAAUAUCUUACUGGUAUCAUGAUGAUGUUUUUCCUUGUACUGGAUCUUGUCUUUAUUGAUGAGAGUUACCCACCGGUUCUCCUGGUCUACAAGGCCCGUCGUCUACGUUUCGAAACCGGAAACUGGGCUCUGCACGCUCGACACGAAGAAUGGGAUGUCACAUUCAAAGAGCUCGGUAACAAAUACCUUAUCCGCCCAUUCGCUCUUCUCGCCACACCAAUUUGCUUCCUGGUAGCUCUAUACGCCUCAUUUGUCUACGGUAUUCUCUACCUCAGUCUCGCCGCUUUCCCAAUCGUCUUCCAAGAAAUUCGUGGCUGGAACCAAGUCGUCGGUGCCCUCCCUUUCCUUGCCUAUCUAAUCGGUAUCUUCAUCGGUGCUGGAGUCAACCUCUCCAACCAGCGUUUCUACAUCAAACGCUUCAAGGCGAAUAACAACCGCCCCGUUCCUGAAGCUCGUCUCCCACCCAUGAUGAUCGGUUCCAUUCUCUUCGCAGCUGGCAUGUUCGUCUUUGGUUGGACUAGUCCAAAGGAUAUCCACUGGAUUGCGCCAAUCAUUGGUGCCGUGAUGAUGGGUUUCGGCUUCUUCACUAUCUUCCAGGCUGCACUCAACUAUCUCGUUGAUACCUUCCAGAAAACCGCUGCGAGUGCCAUCGCCGCGAACACUUUCCUGCGUUCAAUUUUCGCGGGUGCAUUCCCACUCUUCACGAAUGCCAUGUUUCAUAAUCUUGGUGUUCCGUGGGCAGCCAGUACCCUGGGUUUCAUCGCUAUAGCCUUGAUUCCAAUUCCGUACUUGUUCUAUACUUACGGAAAGCGGAUUCGUGCUCGUGGAAAGUGGUCUGCUGGUUCGGUUUAG